AUGUCGGACAGCUACGUGUUCACAGUGGGCAAGCUAGAUGCCGGCAUGGCCAUCUUGAUCGGCGAUCGUGCCAGUCUGAUCGAAUUCCCAAGUUUGCUGCUGCCUCCCGAUGUCACGAGCGGAUCCAUCGUCAAUAUCAGCGUAAAGAGGAACAAGCAAGAGGAGAGGCAGCGCAACGACGACUUUGAUCAGUUGCAGCAAGACAUUCUCUCCACUUUUGGUCUGCACUCACCAGAGUGUGAGUCAGAAUGUGAUGGAAGCGCGCGCGUCCAAGCGCAUGUGUGCUGACGUUUUCACAACGCAUACACCCGCGCAGCUCCUCGUCUGCGGAUCCGCAAUGUGACGCAGACAUCGGUGACGUUGGAGUGGGACAAGCUGUCGCUGGCCUCUGCUACGCUGCUCUCCUUGGACAUUUACAGAUCAGAUCGGUGGACGCCCAUGUCGCGCAGGUUGGCAGCCAUUCCCAAUCCCCUUCACAACACCUCCACCAAACUGAGCGGGCUGGACGUGGAUGCAGAGUACGGCUUCCACCUCGUCUUGCAGACCACCGCAGGCACCUACGCUUCGCAGCCAGUCAAGGUCAAGACGCACAAGAUGACCGACACGCACGGCAUUGCCGUAUGCUUUGGAAACGUCGCGGACUCGCAGCUCGAAGAAGCGGCCAAGGAGCAGCUCAAGGUGAUGGGCGCUAGGUGGACGGAAAAGAUUGCCAUCGACACGACGCACUUUGUCUGCUCAGACCCAAGGAACAGGGGAGCAGCGUCGGAGGGCAGGACAGGUCCUGCACACGGCACCAUGUACCUCAAAGCGACGCAGCUCAGCAUACCGGUGGUGCAGCCGCAUUGGAUCUUUGCCUGCGCUGAGCAAAAGAGGUGAGUGGGGUAUGUGUGUGUGCGACGAUACUAGCUAACACCGUUGGCCUCUCUCUCUCUCUUCAGAAUGGUGCCCAUCUCCAGCUUUUACCUCGACCAAGAGCCUCCGAAUGGUCACGCUGUCAGAGACUCCAUUUCACGUCGAAGGCAGAGUCAGAGCGCUUCGUCUGAGCUAGCAGACGGAGCACGGGAAGGGCCCAGAGCAGAACCGGCAACGCCACAAACGGCGAGCACGGAUGUGACGACACCUGGAGGUAUUCCCAACAUAGACGCCAGCUUGGCAGCUGCCUCGCUGCCUCCCAUCGCUGUGGCAGAGCAAGGGACGGUGGAUGGUGACGCGCUCAAUGAGGAGGAUCUCAAGACCCCGCCGGCACCCGCACCAAAGGACUUGCCUCUGGCCGACAAUGCUGAGCCUCUCGAUGAUCGACGCACAGACGAGGGAUCGACAGGGCGUCACGCCGCGGCGACGGAAGCGCACGCACUCGAGCCGUCCACUAGCUCUUCGUCCGGUUUCAGCGAUGUCAAUCUGAAUUCACCAGCUAGAGGGGAAGAUGAAGAGGAGGUGGACCUGUCAUGA